AUGGCUUCGUUGGACAAUGGGAAUCUGGAAUUCGAGAACCCCUCCUUCUCCCUCCCCGCCUUCGGGUGCUUCUUCACUGACAGUGCAGCGGCUGCCGCUGGGUACUACCAGAGUCCUCAAGCACUCGCAGGCGAGAAGUAUGCGCGGGAAACACUUGAGAGCGAAACAUUAGAGAACGAAUCGCUUGAGCAGCAGACGCAUGAGGAGAGGCAGAGGCAUGAGAAGCUCGAGAGGGAGACGCACGCGAGGGAGAGGCGCGAGAGGGAGACGCAUGAAAGGGAGACGCAUGAAAGGGAGACGCGUGAAAGGGAGAGUCGGUCAUCAAUGUCGAACAAGAAGAGCCGUCUGAGACAGCAGUCAGCCAUUCUGCAACGACGAGGACGCAAUGCAGAAGCCGCUCGAGACCUCCCUCCUCCUGCCACUGCUGCAACUGCCAACACGGCUGCCACUGCCGGCACUCAGGGCGGGUAUGGCAGUCUAAGUGGUGCUGUCCCUCCAGCGACUGAGGGGAAGGCAGCAACAAGGCAGCGGGGAGGCGGCGUGAGCAGCCAGAGGAGCUCCAUCUACCGCGGAGUGACAAGGCACCGCUGGACUGGACGCUAUGAGGCUCACCUGUGGGAUAACUCGUGCCCCAAGGAGGGCACCAACAAGAGAGGCCGCCAAGUCUACUUGGGAGGGUACGACGAUGAUGAAACGGCUGCCAGGGCGUACGACCUUGCUGCUCUCAAGUACUGGGGUCCCACCGCUGCCACCAACUUCCCUGUACGUCGACAUGACUGGCAUCAUCAGCAUGGGCGGUGGGAGGCGCGGAUAGGGCGAGUGAUGGGCAACAAGUACCUCUACCUGGGGACCUUCGCCACGCAGGAGGAGGCAGCAGAGGCAUACGACAUAGCCGCAGUGAAGUACCGAGGGCUCAAUGCGGUUACCAACUUUGACCUCAGCCGUUACAUCGAUGGGCUCAGCUCUCAAGCGGACGACCCUCAACUAGCGGAGGAACCAGUGAAGGCGGAUUCUGCAGUGCAGCAGGCGAUCUCGGACCCGGUUCCACAGUUCCUCCCAUUCCAAAGCGACCAUGCAGCUGUGUGCUUCACUCAAACAGCAUCAGUUGACCUGAGCGCUCCCCUGCCCCUGCCCCUGCAUUCAUCGCACAUGCUGUCAGCAGGCACGCCAAACAUGAACCAGGAGGCGGAGGACGAGCGCGCGUACGAGCCGGAGGAGCAGAUCGACGUGUCGCGCUACAGCCUGCCGUUACAGACGCCGGGCGGCAAAGAGGACACCCGUCGCUUCUCGUACCCCUUUCCAUGCAACCACCCGCUACACCCCAUCCCCCAUACAGACACGUUUCGGUUCUCGUGGCGGCGCUUCUGCGUGUUCGUGGGGCCAGGCUUCCUCAUGAGCAUCGCGUAUCUGGAUCCAGGCAACCUCGAGAGCGACCUGCAGGCGAGCCCCUCACAGCGGGAUACAGAUGGUAAAGGAGGGCAGUGGGGCGGCUUCCUCAUGAGCAUCGCGUACCUGGACCCAGGCAACCUCGAGAGCAACCUGCAGGCAGGUGCACAGACGGGGUAUGCGCUGCUCUGGAUCCUCUUCUGGUCCACCGCACUCGGCCUGCUGCUGCAGGCCAUAGCAGCACGAGUGGGCGUGGUGACGGGGUGCCAUCUAGCGGAGCUGUGCCGAAUGGAGUACUCCCCCCCCGUGCGCUGGGUGCUCACAUGCAUGCUGUGGGGCAUGACGGAGGUGGCCAUAGUGGGGGCGGACAUCCAAGAAGUCAUCGGCUGCGCCAUUGCCCUGCGCAUCCUCAGCAGGGGAGCCAUUCCCAUCUGGGCGGGCGUGCUUAUAACGGGGCUAGACAGCUUCUUGCUCCUUUUCCUGGAGAACUUUGGCAUUCGCAAGCUGGAGGCGCUCUUUGGUCUCUUCAUUGCUGUCAUGGCUGCCUCCUUCGCCCGCAUGUUCCUGGAAGCUGCGCCUGAUGCGGGAGCCAUUGCACAUGGCCUGCUAGUGCCCUCCAUCCCCCGCGGGGCCACGAGCAUGGCAGUGAGCAUACUAGGCGCGGUCAUCAUGCCGCACAACAUCUUCCUGCACUCCGCCCUCGUGCAAUCGCGAGCCAUCGACCGCCACUCCCCACCACGCGUGGCAGAGGCGCUGCUCUACUUCACGCUCGAAUCCGCCCUCGCCCUGCUGCUCUCGUUCCCCGUCAACCUCUGUGUUGUCUCCGUCUUUGCUCGCCUCUUCUAUGGGCAGCCAGGAGCAGUUGAUAUCGGGCUGGACAACGCUGCUGAGUACCUGCAACAAGCCUUUGGCUCGUCCACCUUCCCAGUGGUGUUAAUCUGGGCGGCCGGGCUGCUAGCAGCAGGGCAAUCAUCCACCGUGACGGGCACAUGCACGGGGCAGUUCGUCAUGUCGGGCUUCCUCGACCUGCACGUGCGCAAGUGGGUGCGCGGGUGCGCCACCCGCACCGUCGCCAUUGUGCCCACCAUCGCCGUCGCUCUGCUAUACACCACUCCGGCUUCACACGCACCGCAUGCACCACCGCAGCUGUCACCACCAUUGGCAGCACUGUCUGUGCAAGUGACAGGGGGAGCGGGUAAAGUAGAAGGGACAGCAACUGCAGCAGCAGCAGGAAGAUUGCUGAAAGAAGUGCUCUUCACUCCUCCCCUUCCAACCUCCUCCUUGGCCUCUGUCUUUCCCCCUUUCAUCAACACCUCCCUUCCUGCCUCCGCUUUCUCCUCCUCACCUCUCUCCUCGAGCCUAUCACUGCAACUUUCAACGUCUCUCCCCACCUCAUUUCCUUCCUCACUCGCAUCCCCCGCACUGACGGCACCCCCCAUGCUAGCCCUCUCCUCACUGGACGUGCUGAACCAGUGGCUCAACGUGCUGCAGUCCGUGCAGCUGCCCUUUGCCGUCAUCCCACUCCUAGCCAUCGCAUCAUCCUCGCAUGUCAUGGGGCGAUACGCCAUCAAGGGGGGCGUCAAGUUGCUCAACGUGCCGCAGUCCAUGCAAUUGCCCUUUGCUGUCAUCCCCCUGCUGGCCAUCGCAUCGUCAACACAUGUCAUGGGGCGAUAUGACAUCAAGGGAGCAGUCAAGGUGCUGGCCUGGUGCUAG